AUGGUCACAGCCCCAGAGACACAUCACGGAUUGCGGCCACCGCGCCAUUUUUGUGUGACUUCUCGCAGGAGCGGCGGCAUUUGUCACUUGUCGUCGUGGUCGAUGCCCUGUCUGUUGUGCUUCGUUGCAGCCGUCUGCUUUAUUUGCUCCACCGCCUCAGCACGUCUAGAGGAAAUUAACGCGUACUUUGCUGCCAUUUGUAGGGAGGAUGCGAGGGUGUUUGGCGGGGCGGUCGUUACAUGGGGUGAGGAUGAGGAGGGCAUUGAUGCCUUUACAACAACUGCGCUCGGCAGUCGGGCGGUUGUUGGCAAACGUAUUCCAAUGACCCUUGACACAAGCUUCCGUACAAACACCCUCUCCGAGGUUUUUCUUGUCAUGACCGUGGCAUACCUGGAAGACAGGGGUGAGCUGCCCUUUUCACGCACACAGCCCAUUCCACGCAGCUUUUUACCACCGCCCUACGGUAGAAAUGUCGCCUUCCAGAAUCCGCUGUUCCCUGCCGCCGUUGUCUCGCUCGACACGCUGCUGCAGCACACAUCUUCACUCACUGAGGUGGGGUUUGACAGCGGGGCGGUGCAGACGCCAGGAAAAACGGUGAAUAUCACCAAAUUCGUUGAAAGCGUCUUUGCGAAAGCGUUAUCCGGCGGUCUGUGGGGGACAGGAGAACCGGGGCUCGGAAGCAGCUACCGCUACUCCCGACUAAACACAGCGUUGACAACUUAUAUUCUUGAAAAAGUUCUUGAAAAAAUGGCGCCGCCCGUUUCUCUUGCGACAUUUAUACAAAAUAAAUUUAUCUCCCCGAUGGGACUCAGUGGGACCUUUCUUCUUGACAAUGUGGGGAAUGUACCAGGGCCGACGUAUCCCAAAGACAGUGACGUGUCCCUUUCAGCACGUGCCGUGCAGGAUGCUACGGGCGAUGGCUCCAAUGUGGCUCUGUCACGCACCAUUCACGCUGCGUACGCAUCAGACUACAUGUACUACACCUCUGCACUGGAUCUUGCGAAGCUUGCAUACGAGCUUUUUCUGGGUGGUCACCACACGGCCGUUGGUAACGCUUUGAAAAAUGACCCUGUCAAUAUCAACGGAGAAAACGUCCCACCAGGCGCCGUUUCGCGGUCACUCGGCAUGUAUGGCUUUGAUUCGGAAAUUCUGUGCAGGGAAUUAGGCGAUACCGAGACAUGUGAUUUUGGCGACGGCGCAAACCUCUACGGAUGGGCUCUUACGGGAGCAUACAAUCAAAUUGCAUUGUUGUGCACAUCGAAAAAGUGCGUGGCUGCCGAAGUAAGUCAUUUUCAAACUAGAAGCACAAUCAAACCCCAUGCAUUAGGGCUUGCAGUGUCUUCUCUGAAGCAAGUGAAAGUGAGGCCGCCCCUUCAGGGUGGUAAGCUUUACCCACUUUAUGUUUUUAUCGGUGUUCUGGCGACGAUCAUUAUUUCUAUCGUAGGAAGCUAUGUCGCGGAUUACAUAGUGCAACCCGCACCCGCGAAACCGACCUUCCCGGUGCAAAAUGCCCGCAACACGCCGCUGCCGAUGAAUGGCUCCGGGACGGAAGACGUAUCGGUGCCGUUGCGAGUAGAAGGGGCCUACGCCACGCAAGGGAUUUCAUCUCCCUUGCGACGUUUAGACAUGUACGACUAG